GUGUGCGUCAACGAGCGGGGUCUCUGCUGCUGCUGCUGCUGCUGCUCGCGGACAAAACCACACGCAGCUGCUUUCAUUCUCCAGAGCUCGCAACUGCACGCACAGAAGGGGGCUCGCGCUGCUUGUUGCGGGGAUCUCACCUCUGUUGGACUUGACUGAGGAGGACGCGAAUACUCAUUUUGCCACCUGAUAACGUCCGCACAGCACAGCUGAGCAUUACAAGUGGCAUUUUUGUUGAGAACAAACUUGUGAACCCUUAAAGCCUCUAUCCCGCCACUGGUUUUUAAUGUGUUUUAUGUGUUUGCGUUCAACAGUGAGGUAGACUUCAUGCAGGCAAAUUAUCCAGGAGUACCGGCGUGUGAUUUAUCCCCGUGGAUGCAGCUGUCGGGGUCGGCGUCUGAGCCCUGCAGGAUCAGCCUGUCAUAGGGCAGCAUGAUUUUUGUGUUUCUUCAUAAGUGGAUGAGGAGUAUUUCUCCGGAGAUGCUGCUGUUGGUGCAGAUACUGUGGUUUUUACCUCUGACCGGAGCGGCUCCUUCUCAGACUACAGAGCAGCUGGACACAGGGGUGGACUGGCUGAGCAAGUUCGGCUACCUCCCGCCCCCUGACCCAGUGACGGGUCAGCUUCAGACCAAGGAGGCCCUGACCAAGGCCAUCAAAGCCAUGCAGAAGUUUGGAGGGCUGAAGGAGACCGGAGUCUUUGACCAAGCUACACUGGGUCUUAUGAAAACACCCAGAUGUUCUCUGCCAGAUGUGUCUGAGGCGGAGGGGACAAUGGGCCGCAGGAAACGCAGCCCGACACCCCAGAACAAAUGGAAUAAGAGGCAUCUAUCCUGGAGAGUGAGGACCUUCCCAAAGGAUUCAGCCUUACUUGGCAGGGACACCGUAAGAGCCCUGAUGUAUUACGCAUUGAAGGUCUGGAGCGACAUCGCACCACUCAACUUCCACGAGGUGGCAGGAAGUGAUGCAGACAUUCAAAUCGACUUCACUAAGGCCGACCACGACGAUGGAUAUCCCUUUGAUGGGCCAGGGGGCACCGUGGCACACGCAUUUUUUCCCGGAGAGAGGUUCACAGCUGGGGAUACGCACUUUGAUGACGACGAGGCCUGGACCUUCAGAUCUCCAGACUCUCAUGGGAUGGAUCUGUUCGCAGUUGCAGUCCACGAAUUCGGUCAUGCCAUCGGUCUGGUCCACACCUCAGCCAUGGAGUCCAUCAUGAGACCAUACUACCAGGGUCCUGUGGGAGACCCUCUGAAAUAUGACCUGCCCUAUGAAGACAAGGUCCGCGUCUGGCAGCUUUACGGUGUCAGAGACUCAGUGUCCCACACAAACAGACCUGGCAACCCAUCCCAGACAGCCGAGCCUCCUGUCCUGCUGGAUCUUCCUGAGAACAGAUCCACUUUCCUGCUGGCGCGAGAUGCCCCCGACAGAUGCACCAGUCACUUUGAUGCAGUGGCCCAGAUUCGAGGGGAGGCCUUCUUUUUCAAAGGAAAGUAUUUCUGGCGACUAACCCGAGAGAAGCACCUGGUGUCGCUGCGUCCAGCUCAGAUCCAUCGCUUCUGGAGGGGCCUCCCAACCAACCUGGACAGUGUGGACGCUGUGUAUGAGAGGCCAGGGGACCACAAAAUAGUCUUUUUCAAAGGUCUGAAGUACUGGAUAUUUAAAGAUAACAUCGUGGAGGAGGGUUACCCUCGUCCGAUCAGUGACUUUGGCCUUCCCUCUGACGGCGUGGAUGCGGCCUUUGUUUGGCUCCACAACGACAAAACCUACUUCUUCAAGGACAGCAGCUACUGGCGCUACGACGACCACCUGAGACGAAUGGACCUUGGCUACCCUAAAGACAGCACGCUGUGGAAGGGGCUGCCACCAAACCUGGACGAUGCCAUGAGGUGGUCUGAUGGCUCGUCCUACUUCUUCAAGGGGAAGGAGUACUGGCGGGUGCCGGGCAGUGACAUGGAGGUGGAGGCAGGAUUCCCCCGCCUCAUCGCUAAAGACUGGCUGCUGUGCACAGAGAUGCAGUCGGACUCUCCGGACACAGAGCCCAAAAGCACGGAGACGAAAGGCAACGUGCAGCAUCACCCGGACCACGCGGAGAACGGGUACGAGGUGUGCUCCUGCACCUCUGACACUGCGUCGCCUUUAGGCGUUCGUCUCUCACCCUCUCCCCUGUGGCUGCUGCCACCUCUCUGGACGCUCUCACUGGCCCUCCACUCUGAACUUCUAUGAUGCCAAAGCACGGGACAUAGUUCCUGAGCUGAUGGGCGGGGGGCCAGAGGACCCUCAGUGGAUGCAAAAACCAGAACAUUUUGUUCUUAUAUCAUUUGGUAUCUUUUUGCGCUUAUUUUGCUGUUAUUUAUUUGACAUGUUGUUUGGCGGGCACUGAGUAGUCAUCCUUAUAGGCAUCAGUUCACCCACAAUGCUUGGCAGAGUUUUUUCUGAAUGGUCACACUGCAUCAUUUUUGUGAGGAAAAAGCCUAUUGAAUAGAAAUGUGUUCCAGGAGCACCAACAGUUAUUGUCCACAUGUGCAGCAGGUUUGCAGCAACAGUGACUCAAAUACAAACCAUGUGGGGGUGUUUGCAGGUGAAAUGGAGACAGCAUGCCAAGAAAUUACACUUCCCAAUUUUACAUCACUUUACAGAUGCUUUUUUACAGGGUACACCACCUGAAUUUUAUUACAAUGACCAAAAACAUGUUUUCACACCUCACUUCAGUGAUAUGCAGCCAUAGUACAACACAUAGAAUUUCAUUUUUCUUUUCUGCACACAUCCAAUUUGAUAUCCAAUUUAAAAAACUCAACAGUAUGUUUGCAAAAAACAAAGUCAGCGUGACUCAGGAUAACCUGCUGAAGUCAGGGGGAUUAUUUUCUCCUCAUUUAAAAGUAGCUCCAGUGAAAACAGUUUAAACAAAGUCUGUAGAUUACAGAGAUAACAUGACAUUUUUUUCUAAGGAGACAGUUCUGCUGAAUUUGAAGUUGUAUAGAUUGUUGCUGUGUGCAUCAUCCAGCUGUAUUGUAAGGGGAUGCUGCAGAAACUGUAGCCAUGAACACAAAUCUACCUGAAUGUCAAGAGCUAAAGUUGACUGAGUUAACUGACCUUUUAAUAAACCACAGAUUCCACACCAACACACACAUGCAAACACAUCCAUGUACUUAUCAACAUGAUGGCAGGCGUGUGAUAAUAAGUGUGAUGUUCUGGCUCCUGCUCUUGCAGAAAAUGUGUAAACUUCCUCCUGUGAGAGCUGUUUGGAUGGACGGUUGAGUCAGUGGAUUGUCUCCAUGAGUAUCACUUCUCCUGCAUAAAUCCCUCACUAUCACUCUAAAGAGAAGAACUGCUGCUCAUGUACUUAUUUCUAUGGAGUCAUCACUCUCCACCUCUGGUUUGGAAGCAUUCCCUGCUCUUGGUUAGGUUUUAUUAAAAUCUAAUGAGGUUGUAUUCCUGUUAAUUUCACACCAAUGAUUAUAGAGUUUUAAAGUCUUUUUGUGACUCCUGGACAUUUAUUUUAUCAUCCUUAGCUCCUUCUGAAAGCAAGAGUCACAACCUGGCUCUUGAUUUAUUCUUGCUGUAAAGAUAUAUUUACCUAUAGACUGAUAUAUUUGAGUUGAAAGGCUCUGCAGUUAUUGCAGAACCAAGUGGACUGUGUAUAUUUUAAGCUGUGUUUUCUAAUGUAAAAUAUUUUUGUAAAAAAGAAUAAAACCAAUCUGAAUUAUU